GCAGCAGCGCGCGCACCAUGGCGGGUCGCGUCUAUGUGACGUCAAGCGCGUGAACUUUGAAAAUAAGCGCGAGGAGGAAGCGGCGCGCGAAUCAGGAGUUUUCGCUGUUUUAUCGAUAAACAAACAAAUAAAACUAAACGCGUAUUUGAUAUACCUCAUCAUGUCGCUCCUGACACCGUACAGUAAAGUCCCCGAGCUGAACACCGCUACUGUCCUCUUGGUUGAAAAUGAAGAGGAGCUUCAGUCCAAACUAGCCGACGCCAUAGUGCAAUGUGAGAAAGAGUUCAACGUCAAUGUGCGGCUGGCCAGAAAACUCCCUCUGCCCGUCGAGAACAAGAAAACUCGUCCGCGUAUUGAUUUGAUCGUGUUCAUAAUCAAUCUGCUGUCCGAGCGCAGUCUUCAGUCAGCCGAGAGCUCUCUCAGUCAUCUGCACUCAGACUGUUUCCUGGGGAAGGUGUGUUUCCUGGUCACUGAUGCUCGCUGUGGCUCUCACACUCAGGAGCGAAUGGUCAGCGUGAGAAAACUGGCUGCUUCACAUCAGUGUCCCGUCCUCUGCGCUGAGCACAGGACGGCAGAUGGCGUGAACGCAGCAGCUGUGCGGAUACUCAACAUUCUGAAGGUGUCAGCGGGAAUGUCGCCCAUAGCAACCACCGCCCUCUAUCUGUCCUCACUGACCCGCUGCUCUGUGACCUCUGACCUUGAAGACGACUGACCACCAAUAAGGCGAAUUAGUUACUUUAAGAACAACAUUAAGACUCGGUUCAAUACUUUGAGGAAAGACAAGUUGCAGAUAAUCUCACGGGAUUGCAGAAUAGUUCAGGUGGGUGUAAGAAAUAUUUUAACAGUGGCGUCCAUAAAUUUUACCUUUCCCAUCUGAAUUUAUUGUCUGCUGUGUGUUAUUAUGUCUGGCUGUCACUCAUAUUCACUCUUUUACUGAUUUAGUAAAACCUCCAAACCAGCAGGGGGAGCCAUUGGGUAGCUAAUGGCUCUCUCCUAAAUAAUUAUCCCUUUACAAUAUUUAUGAAUAAAAUAUUUGAAUUUUUAACCAAA